CCUUAAUAAAACUGUAUGUAUAGUUUAGGGGAAAGUUCAUCGUCAGAUAAAUUCCUUCCGCCGCUGGAUCUCUGUUACGAAUUUACCCCGUUUAUGUUGUUGCUGCUGUUGGAAGGCUUUGGAAAGGAAAUCUAUAUGGAAUCUGUGAUGAAUUUCAAGAGAGGUGGCGAGGGUGUUCUUGCUGUAGCUUCUACCACUUAUUCCUUGAAUGAAUUGGUCGAGUUCUUGGAAUCCCCGACGGUGAACAUUCCUGUUGGAGCUCUAGACGUAGGAACGAUCACCCCUGUGGAGAUCUGGAAGGCCUUUCAAAUGAGUGAUCGCAAACGGCACUUCUCCACUGUCUUGGCCUUUGAUGUAGACGUUACCCCUGAGGCAAGUCAACUCGCUCAACAGUUGCAAGUCAAAGUCAUCUGUGGCGGCGGUAUUCUUGAUACGCUGCACCACCAGUUCAAAGAGCAUAUCGAAGAGCUGGGAGAGGACUUAAAAAUGGAGGAUGAAGCAAUCUUCCCUGGCAUCCUCAGCAUCUUAACCAACGCUGUGUUCAGCAAGGAAGACCCUAUUAUCCUCGGAGUCUUAGUUGUUGAAGGUUUCAUUAAGGUAGGAGUUCCCAUAGCCUAUGUGCGAACUGCUGGUUGUCUGGAUUUAGGACGUAUUGCAUGGAUUGAGAAAUACCAACAACCCGUCGAUGUUGCUAGUCUAGGCGAGACCGUUGUUAUCAAGAUUGUUGCAUCAAACCCGGAAGAACAGAGACAAGCACGUAGCUUUAGAAGCCAUUAUGACAUUAAUGACAAUAUCCUUGUCACUCGUCUUUCUAGGGCAUCUAUCAUUGCCUUCCGAGAUAGUGACUUGGAAAAACUAUCCUGCAGCGAGUUUAAAGCGAUGUCUGAUAUCAAACGCGUUCUCAAAUUCAAGUAAUAUGUGUAUGUCUAAUGUUGUUUUCGUUUGUCAACAACAACUACUUUCCAUUUAAAAUCUGAACAAGCUGGCCGCUCCUAGUUAUCUCAUCUUUUUAUAUAGUUAUGUAUUUUAUGAAAUCCUUCUAUUUUA